AUGCUCGAGGAUCAGCUCUCCGAGGUGCAGCCGCCGCUGAAGCGACAAACCGCCUCGGGGCUCCGGCGGCUACCCAUUGACUCCUUUGCCACGGCGGUCGUCGACGCGAAGACGGACCGCGCAGUGUGCGAGGCGCGCUUCUACGCAGCGGGCACGGGAGCGUACGUGGGCGCCGCGCGGGUCGAAUCCAGGAUGUAUUACUACGACGAGACGGAGAAGAAGAUGCUGCGGUUUGCUACGUUGGGCAGGCUGGCCCGCCGCAAUCCCAUUGACCAAGUCGAACGCCGUGAGGUCAGGGAGCUGGUGCUAGAGCCACUGUGGCAGCUGGAGCGCGAGAUUUGGGCGGAGCGAGCGAGGGUGUUGGCCCCGGAGAGCAGUGAAGCCAAGGAUGGUACCGCGUAG